GAUAUAUCGAACUGAACUGUCAAAAAUUCUGUUUUCUUGAAAAUUUUUGCUGCAUUUCCAAUUGGCAAAAAAUGCCAUUUUACAGUGAAAUUCUGUGAAAAAAAUAGUAGAAUUGUAUUCUCUAAACUCUUUAGUAGUAUUUUUACUAAAAACUCUAGAAAUAUAUUGUGGUUUCAAGUGAGAAAUUUGAAAGUGAAAAAACAAUGUCUUGCUGUGUACAAGGAUGCAACAGCAACAUGAGAAUCAACAAAGAAUACUCAUUUCACAUUUUUCCUCAUCCGGAAAAAGAGCCCUUCCGACAUGGUCAAUGGAUUAAAGCCACAAACAAUCCCAAACUCAAGAAUAUUGAGCCAAUGCUGGUGUUCAAUCGCUACAGGAUCUGCCGGAAGCAUUUUGCGCGAUGGUGCUUCAACGGGGAUUGCAAAAGGCUCAUGAAAUCCGCAGUUCCUACCCUGUUCCUUGACGGAGAGAUUUCUGAUGAAGAAUCUGAAGAUACACCACUUAUUUCACUGCCAAAAAGACGAAAGCUCAGUACAGAAAUCUCAGCAGGGGAUUUGGAAGAGUUUCGUACAGAAGAAGAUUCUGUCAUUAUAGAGAAAAUUAAGGAAGAUCCCGAAGAAGAUGAUGAGAUUAUCAGUAUAAUUCCCAUCGAUGAAGAUGAUAAAGAUAAUUAUUUUACCAUCCAAACGGUAUCAAAUUCUGAAGGUUUGCAUAACCUCAAAAAAUCCGUUUCAAUGGAAAUUGCUUUCAUCCAGGAUGAAGAUCAGGAGAAUGACACAAGCCAGUUACUGUACGACGUCGUAAAGGAGCCCUUUUCCGUCCCGAUAGUGCAUGAGACUUGUGUUGGAUGGCGCGAUGAGUUCUACAAAUGUCCAAAGAAUGUUCUCGCCCAAAAUAUCUGUUCCCGGCAUGAUCCCUUUGACGUGUCGUUGUCACGACGUGCCCUGGAAUGCAUCCAUCAUGUCUUUACGCACAAGGUGGAGAGUGAAGGGAAGCCGGUGACAAAUCAGAAGAAUUCAGGAAGAUGCUGGAUCUUCGCCACCCUAAAUACCAUCCGUAUUCACUUUAUGAAGCACCACAAUCUGGAUGAAUUUGAGUUUUCCCAGAGCUUCCUGUUUUAUUGGGACAAAAUCGAACGCUGCAACUACUUCCUCAAUAACAUUGUGGAUACGGCAAAUCGGGGCGAAGAGGUAGAUGGACGUCUGGUGUCCUACCUUCUCACCGAUCCCACGUGCGAUGGUGGUCAGUGGGACAUGGUGGUGAAUCUCAUCAACAAGUACGGUCUCAUGCCCAAGAAAUGCUUCCCCGAGAGCUUCAGUGCUGAAGCCAGUGGGAAGAUGAAUGCAGUGCUCAAGAGUAAACUCAGGCAAUAUGCCAAGGAGCUCAGGGAUUUAGUUAAGGGCUCAGCCACGGAUAAGGAGGUCAAGCAGAAGGUUCAGCAGCAAAUGAAGGAGAUCUACAAUGUUGUGGGUAUUUGUUUGGGUAUUCCACCGGAAACCUUCACCUGGGAAUACUACGACAAGACCAAGGCCUACCACAGAGUUGGACCUGUUACCUCUGUCGACUUCUACGAGAAGUACGUCAAACCCGUCUUCAAUGUGGACGACAAGGUGUGCUUGGUCACUGAUCCUAGGCCCACCAAUCCCUACGGACAAGUCUACACUGUUGACUGUCUGGGGAAUGUGGUUGGCGGGCGUCCGGUGCUGUACAACAAUCAGCCCGUGGAACUUCUAAUUGAUCUCGUUACCAAGAGCAUCAAGAAUGGCGAUCCCGUGUGGUUUGGCUGCGAAGUCGUUAAGAGAUUUGCAGGAACUCAGGGCAUUGAGGAUCUCGAUGUGCAUGACUUCAAUGUGGUUUUUGGAGUUGAUAUCCAGGUGACUCUAAAUAAAGCUGAUCGUCUACUCUACGGUGAAUCCGCAAUGACUCAUGCUAUGACUUUCACAGGAGUUUCCGUUGAUGACAAUGGAGUGACUACCAAGUUCCGUGUUGAGAAUUCCUGGGGCGAUGAUCGUGGUGAGAAGGGCUACCUCGUGAUGUCAGCUGAUUGGUUCAAGGAAUUUGUGUUUGAAGUCGUGGUGGAUAGGGCACUUGUACCGCCAGAAGUGCUCAAAGUAUUCGAGAUGGAGCCCAUUGUAUUGCCCGCUUGGGAUCCCAUGGGAACACUGGCUGAGUAGAGAGAGGGAGCGAGGGAUCUCCAGCAUUCUAUCCACCUUCUUUCAUAGUGUUCUCUGGAUAUCACAUGCAUUUUUGCCAUAUUUACUCAUACAAGUUUUCCACGCAACUUUUUUUUGUGGUGAAGAAAAAGUAAAAGAUGUUUUUUGUAGAAGGGAA